AUGGACGCGAGACUUCUUCUCUUCCCGGGCAUUAAAAACAUCCAAAACUCCGUCCUGAUACAAAACCUCCCGCACGACAGCACCGAACGUUCGCUCCAAUCGUUAUUCUCGGACGAAAUCGGCGACGUGGUCGAUUUACAGAUCCCGUCGGAUACGAAAACCGGGAAACCGUUCCCGUUCGCGGCGUGUGAAUUUACCGAUCGCGCGUUGGCGGAAAGUGCCGUCCGAAACGUAAACGGGAGAGAAUACAAGGAGAAAAAAGUACGGAUACGGCUGUUGGAACACGCGGAGUUCGGGAGAGACGGGUGUCCUUUGACAACGACUGGAGGACAAGGAUUACAAGGGGAUCUGUUGGAAGGAUUGGAAGGAGGCGUUCUGAGAGUGACCGUAGUGACGGAAAGCGAGAAAAGACGAAGAGAGUUACAACAACUCGAUUUGAACAGUUACCACCCGUCCGUUCCGAUUGGACUUACGGUUGCAAAAGUAGCGUCGAGUUUAAUGGCUCCAGCGGGCGGGUUUAGUCAACCGACGGAUGGGAAAGGCGCCGCGAUGGACUUGUUGUCGAAACGAAUCGGCGAUUUGACGCCGACGCAAAUGUUCGACGUGGUGAGAGAGUUGAAAGAGAUGGCGGAGGGGGAUCCGGUUGGGACGAGAAAUUUGUUGAGCGCGAAUCCGCAGCUGUGUUUAGCUGCGUUCCAGUGUCAGCUCGCGUUAGGGAUGGUGAAGGUGCCGAUGAUUGCUGAAGAGCAGCAGCCUCCCGUUGGCGUCGUCGCGCCGAUGAUGCAACAACAACAACAACAACAACAAACUCCGAUUCCGACACCGCAAGUAGUCAACGUAGCGCCGCCGCAAAUGGUGGUAAGUAGAGGCGCACCACCGCCGCCACCGCCACUGGUACAGCAACAACAGCAGCAACAACAACAACCGGAUCAAUCGCAACUCUUAGCCCAAGUCAUGGCGUUGACGCCGCAGCAAAUCGCCGCGCUUCCGCCGGAUCAAAGAAUGCAGGUGGAGCAAUUACGACAGAUUGCCGCCGCGCAAGGCAUGAUUUGA